AUGACCCAGGUUGAUGCAAGCACCAACAGCUCUGUGCCACUCUCCCAUGGCUUGACGGCCCUCCACCUCGCCGUUCUGGCCAACGACUACCGCAAGGUCCGCAAGAUCAUCGGUGACGGAGAGGUUGGCAUAGACGUACCCACUGCAACCGGCACGACUGCACUGAUGCUUGCCGCACUAUACGGACGAAGCAACAUUUUCUUCUUCCUCGCCGGCUACAACGCCUCGUCGACCAUGAAGGACAGCUAUCACUACAGCGCUCGACACUACGUGGACCCACAGUCGCCUUUUCUCAAAGACCUCAUUCGAGAAUAUAACACCAUUGCCUCUAGCGAGCCGGACAGAGUCGGCCGGCGUCAUAUCUUUCGUGAGCUCAAGGCACGUCGGCACGAAAGGAGGGAGGCCUACGACCUGGGACUCGCACGCGGUCGUGCUGAAGCCCAAGCUCAAGCCAAAUCCCGAGACCAGGCCCAGAUUCAGCUUCAGACGUCUGUAAACGUGGAUCAUUUCAACGCCCAGCCGCCUCCAAAGGAUCCAUCCCUACAUCUUGCGUUUCUUCGAUCUCUAGAUGGCAAGCAGCAAGUGGUCAUGGAGGGCAGACAAGUCGCUACAGCUGAACAUGGAACCAUCGGUCGGAAAUGCACAGGCUUUAUCUACGCUGGGGAUGAAAACGACUCCCACAAGUUUGCCGUCUCAGGCUGGGGUCGUGCCAUCCAAGACAAAAAUGCCGUGUUCAGAAACGUCCUCGACAACAAGGACUACACAGAGCUUGUCAAGCGCGUGGCGACACUUAUUGGUUUCGAGCUCAAGGGCAACCAUUUUGAUCACCACUUCCUGGGUAGUCCUUCUGAGAAAAAAGGGACAUUUGUUGCUUGCCACUCUGAGAAGCAAUUGGCAGUCUUUGUCUUAACCAAGGCACUCUCCCACGUAUUUGGCACAAAAUCGCUUACAGCUAACAAUAUCAACCUACUGAAGGAUCAGCUCAACAAGUUGCCUCCUGGGCUGCGCGAAACUGUGAUUCACCUUGAUCACAAGCUUGUGUGCGGAAGCUGCGUCCAGUUCCUUCAGCUUCUGACUCAGAAGACCGGCCUUGUUUUCCGAUGCAAAUCGCAUGAUUGGUAUACAUACGGGAAGAGACCUCAGCUUCGCCAUCUGCCAGACGGAAGCUACAGGCAAAUCCCAGAAUCAACAAGUUAUUCCGGCCCCAACGAAAACAUGGAUAUCAUCGAGGAUGAAAUAGGUAUUUUUGACACUGACGGCAUCAUGGAGGCCGCCGUCCAGAGUGAUUCCGCGGGUCAGGAGGGCGACGGCUUUAUGGUACCUAGCGAUUCAGUCACUCCAUCGACGCCAUCAAACCGCCGACCUGGUCUCGCGCGGCAGCUGGUCCUGAGAGCGCCAACAGACUUCGAGAAGAGAGGUUCACCGGUCUUUGAGGAGCCCAAAUACGAUGCCACUCGAUAUUCCGUUCCCGAUGUAACGCCACCUUCCAAGAACGCCCAGGAGUUGCCAACUCCCCAGUCUCAGUCUCACACCCGAUUGACUGAGGUUCCUCGUAUCACCAUAUCUCCCAGUCCACUAGGUGUGUCGUCUACUUUUGGUCCACAGACGGACAGCAUGUCGCCAUCGAUGUCACAGGAGUAUGAGGUGGAGGAGAUACUGCAGUCCAAGGAGGAAAACGGUGUGCAUCUGUACCUCGUCAAGUGGAAAGGAUAUCAACACGACAGCAAUACCUGGGAGCCCGAGACGAACCUCACCAACGCGUCGGACACCAUCGGCAAGUUCUGGGAGGAACUGAACGCAAUCCAACCUCCCAGCCAAGACCUGGAUGGCCAAGGGCUAUAG